UUGUAUCGAGACUCUCUGCCUGAGUUAUAUGACUGAUACAAAAAGCAUCAAUGGCUGAAAAUGUUGUCAAUAACUUGGGCAAGGAAGUCGGAAAUUUUCGCCGGGUUGUCGUUAACUACUCUCCAAGUUUAUGGGGUGAUUUGUUCCUCAGAUACACUCCUGAUGAUCAGCUCAUGCAAGAAUAUUCAAAGGAGAUUGAAGUGUUGAAGGAUAAAAUUAGGAGUAUGCUAAAAACUCCUACGAGUUGCAAUGACAUCGUCGAAAUAAUGGACCUAAUUGACACAAUCGAACGCCUAUGCUUGUCCUACCACUUUGAAGACGAGAUCAUAGACAAGUUGGAAAAAUAUUUCAAUCUUGAUGUGGAUUAUAAGAAUGAAGCCUACGAUCUCCAAACCAUAGCACGUCACUUUCGAUUAUUCAGAGCACACGGCUAUCAUAUGUCCUCGGAUAUUUUUAGCAAAUUCAAGGAUGGCGAAGGAAAUUUCCAAGAAGUCCUAAAGAGUGAUGCAAGGGGUUUGUUAAGCCUAUAUGAAGCAGCUCAUCUACGGAUACAUGGAGAAGACAUCCUCGACGAGGCUCUUACUUUUGCAACCUCAAAUCUUAUGUCUGCAAUACAAACUCUCGAUUCACCACUUAAAGAAGAAGUCGAGCAUGCUCUAGUGCAGCCAUUGCAUUUGAGCAUUCCAAGAGUUGAUGCGCGAAAAUUUAUCUCAAUUUAUGAAAAACAAAAACAACAUUAUAACAUCCUUAUUAGAUUCGCCAAAUUAGACUAUAAUUUAUUGCAAAAGCUUCACAAGAAAGAGCUCUACGAAAUCUCAAGGUGGUGGAAAGAAUUGGAUUUUCCUUCGACACUUCCAUAUGCUAGAGACAGAGUAGUCGAGUGUUACUUUUGGUCGAUGGGGGUGUAUCAUGAACCUCAAUAUUCUCAUUGCCGAGUUUUACUCACCAAAGUCAUUGCAACAUUAUCCAUACUCGAUGACACUUAUGAUUCUUAUGGUACAACUGAAGAACUUAAUGCCAUUACGGAUGCUAUUCAAAGGUGGGAUACUAGCCAGAUCGACCAUGUCCCAGAGUAUUUUAAAUCAUUCUACAAAACACUUUUAGAACUCUAUGAAAUAUUUGAAGAAGAAUUGGAAGCGAGAGGGCAAUCUUAUGCAACAUACUAUGCCAAAGAAAGUCUUAAAGAAUUGGUGAGAGGCUAUAAUGUUGAGGCUAAAUGGUUUAAUGCGCGGUGUUUGACCCCAUUUGAUCAAUAUCUAAGUAAUGCUAUUGUUACAUCUUGCUACUAUUACCUUGCAAUCGCAUCAUUAUUUGGAACAAAAUUUGCAACUAAAGAAAACUACGAAUGGUUGAUGACGAAACCUAAAGUACUAGUAGCAAGUUGCAUCAUUUCUCGUCUUGUUGAUGACGCGGCUACAUACGAGGUUGAAAGAAAGAUUAGAGGCCACACCGCUACUGGCAUAGGAUGUUAUGUGGAAGAUAAAGGAGUUUCCGUCGAAGAAGCCAUAGGUAAGUUCUAUGAGAUGGCUAAAGAUGCAUGGAAGGAUAUGAAUCAAGAGCUUCUCAAACCAUCGAUACACUCGAUGGAUGUUCUGACACGAAUCUUGAAUUUGGCGCGAGUAAUAGAAGUUGCUUACAAUGGUAAUCAAGAUGGAUAUACACAUCCAAAGAGAGUUUUAGCACCACAUAUUAAGUCGUUGCUUGUAGAUCCCAUCAUAGUUUAAGAUUUCUUGUCAUCUUAAUAAAACUUUAUAUAUAUAUAUAUAUGUUUGUGAGUGAAUAAGAGCUUGGAAUGCUCAUGUAUUUGUCAUAUGUAUAUUUUCGGUUGUUUUCUUGUUAAUAUUUUGUU